UUUUACCUGAAUUUACUCUGUUCAAAAGUUGUUUUAGCACAUAGCUGAAAAAGGUCCAAUGACCAUGAUGCGAGUUGCGACAUAUUUUAUUUAAAAUGACCUAACACAUGGGGUCAAUGUGGUCUUACUCGUUUUUCCGAUAUAUUUCUUUAAUAUCGUUACGCUUAUAGUCAUAAAUAGCUUUCUGGUCAUAUCCUAGUUAGAUUACCUGAUUACUGCAUUAUGCCAUUAGAUCAAAAAGUCGAAUGAAGUAGAAACUUGACAUUAAACUUGAUAAAAGAGUCCCUGCUUCCUGAAAAUCUAGAAAGGCUUAAUGUUCAAACCACUAACUGGUUCCGAGGAGGGUAAAUGGUUAGAGGAAAAAUAUGCUGAUAUAGAUUAUGAGAGUUCUAAGCAUUGCAAAACUCUGAGAUCAAAAAAAGAUUCAAGACCAGAAGUUGUGACCCGGCUGUCUAAAUGUACCAGUAGAAAUACAAAGGUAUCUGACAAACAGCAAGGAAGAAAGAGGUGUCAUGGCUUCAUUAACAAUCUAGGAGAGACUGAGGAGGAAGCAGAUACAUCAGACUCUGAUGUGGAAAUUAUUGAAGAAGAAACAAAUAGUCCUCAGAAUGACAGCUUUUUUAAGCCACUGAGAGGAAAUGAAGAGGCAGAAAGAUUGGAAGUCAAAUAUAAAACUGAAUUUGAAGCUGAGGAUGAAGUACAAAGUUGUUCCACAGCUAAGAAACCCAAACUGACAUUUAUAACUACUGAAAAUUUCGCAGGAAAAUGUAGAGAAUCAUCAAAAAAUGUGUAUGUCAUGAAUAUACCUCUUUUCAAAACACAGGAUAGUACCAAAAAGCCAAGUACACCAAGACAAUCACAAAGAAAGGAACAAAAAUUGGCUUGUGCUGAAUACAGUCCUGAUACAGAGAAGGAGAAAACAUUCACACAUAUAAAGCAUACUACAGAAUGCCGACUCGGCUUAAAACAACAACAAUCAUUGACAUUAGUUGCUGGCAUGAAACAGACCCCUCCCUGCUCGAUGGCCUUGAGUGCUGAGUAUAGGACAAAAUUUGCAGCUCUGCACUGGCAGGUGGUGGUGACUUGA